UCCCAUUUCGCCCGAUCCAUGUCGUUGACGGCGCGCUUGCCUCUCAAGGCCGUCACAGGACUUGUGCGGAAGCGGUCGACGUCACGGCCGCUUCUAGAGACCAUCAAACAUGCAGGACAAGAACGAAGUGCAAGGACAGAUGCAGGUGCUUCACUCCUCGUCGCGGGCGGCUUUGUGUCUGUCGUGGCGAUAGCGGCUUCUUUGUCAGAUACAUUUGUGUCUCACAGCGACGCCCUUCUGUCGAAACCGAAGUACUUCGACGACGAAUACGAUCUCGUGAACGCACGGUCACUCGGCCAAGGAGCGUUUGGCAUGGUGAUGCAAUGCGUCAACAAGUCGGACCACUCAACGGCGGCCGUCAAGGUUGUCGCAGACGGGUACGACGAAGCGGAGCGAGAGAAGAACGCGCUCAUGUGCGUGGAACAUGCAGGGGGCCAUCCCAACAUCAUCCAACUCACGAACUACUUUACCCACGACGGGUUCCAUUACAUGGUGCUCGAGUGCGUCCGCGGCGUUACGUUGUUUGACUUCGUCGCCGAGCACAAACAGUUGACGUCGCGGGAGGCCGUGGACGUGUUGACUCAGGUGGCCUCCGCGCUUGCGUUUUUGCACGCAUACGGCAUGGUUCAUUGCGACCUCAAACCCGACAACAUCAUGGUCACCCGAGACCAAUCCACGAUUAGUAGUAGUAUCGCCGUCAAGAUCAUCGACUUUGGGUCGGCGACGAUCCCCCAUCCAAGAGAAAGCAGCCGCAUGCCCCUCAAGCGCGCGUUGACGCUGUCGUCGGCGCCGCUCUCGGGCACCAAGACGUACUGGUCGCCCGAGAUGCUUCAAGGUCCGAAAGUCGACCACGUGAGGCCAAGCAUGGACAUGUGGUCCGUCGGAUGUCUGCUCUACAUCAUGCUCACCGGCCGCCAUCCGUUCGACCCGCGCGGAUCCCUCUCGGAGGAGAUGGUGCUGCACAACGUCGUCCACGCCGCCGUCGAUCUGCCCUCGAAUUGGCCGCCACAACUCACGGCCAUCGUCGCGCAACUCCUGGACAAGGACCCGUCCACGCGCCUCACGGCCCCAGACCUCGUCGCGGCGCUGCAAGCCAUGUCUUGUUAACUUAGUUGACCUAUACUGCCAUACUUUAAUUCAAUAUAUGACGUGGCACGUUCUCGUGUGAUGUACUAGUCCACUGUACUGGUACUGUAGUGCUAUAAACGUGGGAAGGGCCGUUGUUGUCGUCCAACG